AUGGCAAGUUUACUGGACUCUGAGGCACAAUUUACUCAACGUACCAUUGACCUCAAGUUGUCUGAGGAAUUGAAGCGAAGCUUGCAUAGAGCAGGUCUGCAGACUUUUGGCACUUUUGCGUAUGCACAUGGACAGCCUGGUCAAAAUAUUUCGGAUGAGGGAUUUGAGACAUGGGUCACAGGGCAGCUUUUGACAGGUGCAACUUUAGCAGAUGUUGCUGGUGCCAAAAGGCUUCUUUUCGAGAGUCAAACUAUGGUGCUAGCGUCUUUGCAGGAACAAGUCAAUGCAACGGAUGCUUCAUCGAUUAAGAAGGUGCCUGUCGUGGAGCGUGAAACCAAAAUGAAGGCCAUCAAAAAGAGGCUGACAGGUCUUCUCAUAGAAGGGCCGCUUGAACCUGGACAUGCGCUCCUGGACACCACAGCCAGUAUGAUGCAACUCAAUGAAAUCAAAUACAUCCCUCCUGAAAAAUGUAUUUCGAGGACUCAUGAAGUCUUGAAUCAGAAGUCUCCAACGAAACAGUUGGAUAUCUCAGCUGAGAAUUUGAUUGUGAAGGAAAAGCAGGACACUCCAGACAUGACGGUUACCUCAGCACUUCAGGUACAAGAGGCUUUUCAGCGCCGUGGAAUAGCGCUUGUGUUUGCAGACCUCAUCACCCAUGAGAACUAUACCAGGUACAUCACAACGCUUUUUGGACACUUGCAUAGAGAUCCGCCUGUGGGGUACGCAAGGACCAGUGUGAGUCAGAUUGUUGCCGCUGACCGGACUGUGUGGCAGAUGCUCCUGGAGGAGGGCAUUCAACCCAAAAGGGAUGAAAUGGGAACCCUUGCACUGGAUUCGAAGCUUAUGGAGAGUCUCCAAAGUUACAGGGUGUCCUUUGCCUUACUGCCAUUGAUAGCAAAGAAGGAUAGCACUCCGAGCCCAUCGAAGACGACAAAGCCGGCCGCAAAUCAAGGUGGCAAAGGAGCAAAUUUGCAGGUGCAGAAACCUUGGCUCAAAGCCAAGGGUGGCAAGAAAGGAGGAAAAGGCAAGGAUGCUCUGAAGCAGCAGAUGGAGCAAAAUGUCGACGAGGAGGUUGGAUUCCAGGAUUCCUUUGGAGUGGACCACAAGCUGGACAAGGCGGUGGCGACAGCCAAACGUUUAGACCUUACGGAAAAAACAGAUCAGCUUGUACUCCUUCAGUGGUUGCAAUCACCGUUGGUCGUGGGCAUUUUCCUUGAGCAACAGGAAGUGUCAUUGCGAUCAAUGAGAGCCAUUGCAACAGCUCAGCCAAAGGCAUCCAAAAUGCCGCCAAUUGUCAGGGAACAGGAAGGUGGUGCUUAUCACAGGGCCUUUUGCAGACCUUGCAUCAGCCCCUGUGGUGACAAGGAAGUUGAUGCCAUGGUUUACAGCAAGACCAUGGAAGAGGUGGACUGCGGUUGGGCCAUAGGCCCCAUUCUCAUGGAGGAGUUGCCAAGUGACGCAGUGGUCAGCAGGAGAUUCGGUCUUAGGUUCAAAGUUGAUGGGAAGGUCAUUCGACUUGAAAAGCGCGUACAAGCAACUUGCAAUAGCAAAGGAGUCAAAGCGUUGAACCUGAUCUGGAGUUGUUUCUUUGACGAUUACGUGGUCUUCAGCAGAGAUGAACAUGUGAACAACACCGAGCAGUCAGUAUCACUCCUUUUCAAAUUGUUGGGGUGGAAAUUUGCGGAAGAGGGUGACAAGGCGGAUGGUUUUUGUCGAGAGUUUGGAGCCUUGGGCAUUCGCAUCAUUCUGGACGAGGCGGACAAAGGUUUGAUUAAGUUUACAAACACUGAAAAGAGAUCUAUGGAGUUGGUCGACACCAUAAAUGCGUUGCUGUGCAAAGGAAGCAUGACAACCUUGGAAGCGCAAAGACUUAGGGGCAGAAUGCAAUUCAUGGAUGGUCAAUUAUUUGGAAGAUUGGGAAAGUUGUGUAUGAGAGAAGUUACAAAUCAUUCUUGUGAGUUGAAAACAUCGAGGUUGAGCAAGAGAACCUUUGAUGCUUUGAAGAGGUUUACCAUCUUCUUGGAGCAUGCUGAGCCGAGGCGUAUUCACUUGAGCACAGACAUGGUUUGGCACAUUUACACGGAUGCUUGUUAUGAGCCGACAUCUAGCGACUGGCAGUGCGGAUUAGGAGGUGUCCUAGUAGGACCAAACGGCAGGCAAGUGGCUUUUUUCUCAGUGGCACUGAAUCAUGAACAGCUGGAACUUUUGGGGUCUGAAACAAAGAAGACAAUAAUUUUUGAAGCGGAGCUGUUGGCCUUGGUGUUAGCAUUCUCGGUGUGGCGUGAUUACAUAAGGGCAAUGUCUUUGAUCUGUUUUGUUGAUAAUAACUCGGCAAGGGAUGUGGCCAUUUCUGGAAAUGGGCGGAACAUCACUGCAAAUUGCCUGAUAGAAUUUUUGCUGAAAUUGGAAAUGUCAAGUUGUACAACACCUUGGUAUGCGAGGAUACCCACACCGUCAAACAUUGCAGAUGAGGCAUCAAGGGGGGCAACACAGAGAUUUAUCCAAGGAAAAAUUCCCGAAACUUCUGUAUGUGAUGGAAUACAAGAAAUCAUGCUUGCACUUGCGGAAGACACGGUUAUGAGGGGGUCUUCAAGUUGA